CCUGUUUCGAAUAUUCAAUUUUACAAAUUUUCCCUAAUUUUUAAAUUAGAUAAAUACCCCCAACAAGUUUCAGAUCUUUGCCACCAAACCCUCUCCCUCUCUCUCUCUCUCUCUCUCUAGCUUGCUCUGAAGCAGCAACACCGCCACCAUGGCAAUGGCAACCACACCUCACUCCCUCCUCCUCCAAAACCCAAAUACCAAUUUUCUCAAAAACCCCAAAACGCCCUUCGCCACCAUCCCCAUGACCGCCACCCGCCUCACCACCACCACCACCACCACCACCUCCACCACCCUAAACCCCGCCAAACCCAUCUCCGUCAAAUGCUCAGCCACCACCACCCACAUCCAAGAUCGAUCGCCUGCCCAGUCCGAAUCCCAAGAUCGGGUCUUCAACUUUGCUGCGGGACCCGCCGUUCUUCCCGAACACGUCCUCCGGAAGGCCCAAUCGGAGCUCUACAACUGGCGUGGAUCUGGGAUGAGCGUCAUGGAAAUGAGCCACAGAGGCAAAGAGUUCCUCUCCAUAAUCCAGAAGGCCGAGUCCGACCUCCGAACCCUCCUGAACAUCCCGGACGAAUACUCCGUCCUCUUCCUCCAGGGCGGCGCCACCACCCAGUUCGCCGCCAUCCCUCUCAAUCUCUGCAAACCCGACGACAAAGUCGAUUACUUGGUAACCGGGUCGUGGGGCGAUAAGGCUGUCAAGGAGGCGCAGAAGUAUUCGAACCCAAAAGUGAUCUGGUCUGGGAAAUCCGAAAAGUACACAAAGAUUCCAGCUUUCGAGGAAUUGGAGCAGAGCGCGGACGCCAAGUAUUUGCAUAUAUGCGCUAAUGAAACAAUCCAUGGCGUCGAGUUCAAAACCUACCCGAAUCCGAAUAACGGCCUCCUGAUCGCCGAUAUGUCCUCCAAUUUCUGCUCCAAGCCGGUGGACGUUUCCAAAUUUGGGAUCAUCUACGCCGGGGCGCAGAAGAAUGUGGGGCCGUCUGGGGUAACCAUUGUGAUCAUCAGGAAGGAUCUGAUCGGAAAUGCUCAGCCGGUCACGCCGGUGAUGCUGGACUACAAGAUCCAGGACGAGAACAAGUCGUUGUACAACACGCCGCCGUGCUACGGCAUUUACAUGUGCGGAUUGGUGUUCGAGGAUUUGCUGGAGCAGGGCGGGUUGGUGGAGAUUGAGAAGAAGAACAAGAGGAAAGCUGACAUUUUGUACAAUGCCAUUGAUGAGAGCAAGGGGUUUUACCGGUGCCCGGUGGAGAAGUCGGUGAGGUCGCUGAUGAACGUGCCGUUUACGCUGGAGAAGGCGGAGUUGGAGGCGGAGUUCGUGAAGGAGGCGGCGAAGGAGAAGAUGGUGCAGCUGAAGGGGCAUAGGUCGGUGGGAGGGAUGAGGGCUUCGAUUUACAAUGCAAUGCCUUUGGCCGGGGUGGAGAAGUUGGUUGCUUUCAUGAAGGAGUUCCAGGCAAAGCAUGCAUGAAACAUUGAUUUUACCCUGUUUUGAAACAUAAAUUUCUACUAGAUUUGUUAGGAUCUUUGUUUUGUUUUUGUUUGCUGUGUUUUUUUUUUUGGGUCCCGAACUGUUUGUCGUUUGAUGUUUAUGAAGUUGAAGUCAAUUUCCGAUGUUUAAAUUUUGUUGUCAUAAGCUCAGAGUAAUGAAUAAUACAAUCCUUCAGUGA